AACUAGAUUUUUCCCAGACAUACCGAAUAUGUCAGGACGUAGAUCACACCGAGUUUUACAAGUGUGGAUAGUUUUUAUCAAAAUGUAUCGAGCCGUUUUCUUUGCGCCCAAAGUGCGACUAUAUGCUGCUAAGUAGGCAGAAUUAGCCGUAUCUACAUUACGUUCCGUAAGGAACGAUAACUCUGUUAUCGCCUCCUUACUGCACUUCAUUCCAUAUAAACUAAAGGAAUGUAAUAUAAAAAAUAAAAAAUAAAAGAAUUGUUUUCUUUUCAAUUUCUAUGCUGUAACGGCAAAAUACACCCGUAUAAACACAUCAGCACGGUAUGAUUGUGCACUAGUGAGACUAAUUACCAUCACCGUAUUUUGUUUGUCUAAGCACCUCGUCGGCCGAUGAUUUUAUGGCUUCAUUCAAAAUGCGUGUAAACACCAAAGGUGUCGUUGUUUUUACUUGCAGCAGAUGAAGGACGUUUUAUUUUUUCUAUCAUCACAUCUUGUUGAAAUCGAGCUUUGUCUAUCUUUCAAGUUUAAAUAUGCAAAUUUGUAUGAUUUUAACUAAAAUGACAGUCGGCAGCUUAAAAAGAUUAGUUUUGUCAUAUAAGGAGCAUAUUUCGAUGGAAAGUUCAUUACGGUCACCAUGUCUGACGACUGCCGCAAGUGUCAGAAGAUUGUGCGGCCUCGUCAAGAAGCCAUCUGCUGCAGCACGUGUGAGAGAUGGACACACAGAACUUGUGGUACAGGAAUCAGCAGACAACUGUGUCGACAGCUGGUGAAGGCUAAGCAGGAGGUUGAGUGGUGGUGCGAUGGAUGUGGAGUUCCAGCCAGUGUCGAACCUGACAACUCGUCAGAUAUUUCCUUAGAUGAAUCCGCACACGCAUCUAUGAAUUCAACCGGAGACCACCCGCCAAUUGCCGCCCCACGGAAUACAGCACCGAUUGCCGCCCCACGGAAUACAGCACCGAUUGCCGCCCCGAGGAAUACAGCAUCGAUUGCCGCCCAGAGGAAUACAGCACCGAUUGCCGCCCCGAGGAAUACAGCACCGAUUGCCGCCCCGAGGAAUACAGCACCGAUUGCCGCCCCGAGGAAUACAGCACCGAUUGCCGCCCCGAUGAAUACAGCACCCUCACAGCCAUCUCCUUCAACCCCAAUGACAGCGAUGGGACGAACUUUGUCAACAUCUACGCCGGAAGGGAAUUUCCAUAUUUCCUUCAACGUGAGCGACAUUUCUAUGGAGUCUGUAGAGGUCCACCGUGAGAGUGAUUUAGCGGAUGCAACUGCCAUGGACAUUUCGGUCGUGGAAGAUGUCGCUGUGACCUAUCAGAUUGUGGAUGGUGGCACAAAGCGCGGGGGCUGGAAGCUUGUCAGUUCGGACGGCUACAGCUACACAGUGAAGAAGACGACAAAGACAUCCACGGCAUGGCGGUGCAGUGUGCGGUGUCGUUACAUCAACGAGGUGCUUGGUGACCUUAGUGUACGGAGCAUCGUUAUGGACUUUGAAGCUGCUGUGUGGUCAGCAGUCAAAGCUCUUUACAAGGAUGUGGACAUCAUGGGAUGUUAUUUUCACUGGGCACAGGCAGUAAUGCGAAAGGUACAGUCCCUUGGACUGAAGACGACCUACUGUGAAAAGAAGGGACUGUACGUCUUCAUCCAGCAACUGCUCGGCCUUCCGUACCUCCCGCCAGGACAUAUUGAGAGGGCAUUCCAGAGCCUGACCGCUAAGCUUCCUUGUCCAGAGGUAGAGGACCUGGUGUCCUAUUUGGAGAACGCCUGGCUGCACAACCCAAACUGGAGUGUCCGUCAAUGGAGUGUGUUCCGCCAGAGCAUCCGCACGAACAACGACUGCGAAGGCUGGCACCGACGAUUGAAUGGCAAGGCAGGCCGGGCCAUGCUCCAUUUUUACCUCCUAGUUCCACUUCUGAGGAAGGAAGCCAACUCCAUCGAAGUGACCAUGCGUUUGGUGGAGGAGCAGACCAUCACCCGUCACCGCCGCACACAGAACCGUCUCCGCGAGACCAAGGUGGAACAGCUAUGGAACGACUACGAGAGUCAGUCAGUGCGAACGUCAGCAUUUCUGAGGGGAAUCUCGAGGCUUUGUGCUCCAGGAUUUCCUGAUUAGACGCGUAUAUAUAUACUGUAUAUAGUGUAUAGAACUUUGUAGUGUUAACGUUGUGAACAUUGCUAUGAACAUUGCUAAGAAGAAAGAUGUGUUUCAGUUUUGUAUUUUUAAGGAAAUAUAUAUUUGUGCUGAUUUAUGUCCUUUUUUCAUCUCUUCUUUGUUUAUUGUAUGUAAAUAUCUAUGUAAUGUUAUUUUCAGAAUGAGAAGUGUAUAUACCUGUAGAUAAUUGUUAAAUAAGUGUUUAAAGUAUUUUAUAUUUAUAAAUUAAUAAAGUCAGGUUUGUACAUGCUUUUGUACUUUGUUGUAAAUAUAUAUAUGCUUUUGUACAUUGUUGUAAAUAUGUUUUCUGCACAUCGGUAAAUUUGUGAAGAGAAAGAAGUUGAAAGUUGAAAAUAUGAUUGCAAACUAUAUGUAUUAACAAUUAAAUGCGGCAUAAAUAAAUAAUAUAUUUCCCAUCUAUU